ACCAUUUUGGCUUUAGCGCUCCAGCCGCUCCAGCGACGUCGAACCGAGGCAGGGGUGCGCAGGAACGCCGUCCCGCGUGUACGGAUAUCGCUUCCCGGAGACCGCGCGAAGUCUGCCCGUUCUCCUCGAGGCGUGGUCGCGCUGUCCUGUUUUUGAUCACUUUGCUUUCCUGCGAGGGCAGAUUUCUCCUUUCAUCCGGAGCAAUGGAGAAGAUGUCUCGAGCGGUAAACCCAACUUUCCUACCUCCGACCCAUGGCGUGCUGAAGUCCUUGCUGGAGAACCCGAUGAAACUACCGUUCCACCACGACGAAGGCUUCGCCAAGGACAAGGAGAAGGAGAAGAAGCUAGAUGAGGAUGGCGCAGGGACCAACGCGCCCCAGUCCGCCUUCCUGGGCCCCACCCUCUGGGACAAGACCCUGCCCUACGAUGGGGACAACUUCCAGCUGGAAUACAUGGAUUUGGAGGAGUUCCUUUCCGAGAACGGCAUUCCGGCCAACCCACAGAGUGAGCAGAGCCAGGCUUCCCAGCAGCCCCUGCAGCAGAGCCCGGCUCCGCCCCCCACGCCAUCUGUGGUCGACCUCAGUAACCAUGCCACCACCUCUGUACACCCGGGUAUGGUUACACAGCCCUGCCUACAGAGUCCCAGCAGAGCAGUUCUGCCAUCAACUCGGAACACGCCCAGUCCCAUUGACCCAGAGUCCAUCCAGGUUCCGGUCAGCUACGAGCCAGACCCGGCCGACUUGGCGCUGUCCAGCGUGCCGGGCCAGGAGAUGUUCGACCCGCGAAAGCGCAAGUUCACUGCGGAGGAGCUGAAACCACAACCCAUGAUCAAGAAGGCUCGCAAAGUCUUCAUCCCGGACGACAUGAAGGAUGAUAAGUACUGGGCACGCCGCAGGAAGAACAACGUGGCGGCCAAGCGUUCCCGAGACGCACGGCGUCUGAAGGAGAACCAGAUUGCCAUCCGCGCCUCCUUCUUGGAGAAGGAGAACGCCGCCCUCCGGCUGGAGGUGGCCGACUUGCGCAAGGAACUGGGGCGCUGCAAGAACGUCCUGGCCAAAUACGAGGCGCGGCACGGGACCCUGUGAAUGGCCCCCCCACACCCCAAACCACACCCCUCAAAGCCAUGCCUCCCGGGAGAGCCACGCCCCCACCCUCCCCCAAAGCUCCCCCAGGAGUCGUGCCCCGGGGCCUAGCUGUACUAAGGACUUGUGUGCCUGUGCACCAGGCCUCCUCCUGCUCUUUACCAAUCCCAGUCUGAAUCCUCAUACUGAUGUUUUUACUCUAGCUUUGUUACUUCCUGUCUGGUCCGUGGUCCCACUGGGGUGCGUGUCGGGCUUUGGAGACGUAGUUCUCUGUCCUUUUUGUUUGAGGGUUAUUGCGUGUUCCUUUUUUUUUUUUUUUAUUCCUGUGAUGCUUUAUGCUACCUUAAUGCUAACACAACUCUCUCUCUGCUCAACUCUUUCUGGUAGAGACUGGUCAGUUUGGCUCUCUUGCUCCAGUCGGUUAGUUCGGUCCAGUGGAGGUGAAGCAGUUUUAAUGCUACAGGUGUGUUUAGUGUUGUGUUUUAGUUGGAUUGUGAACCCUCUCAUGUCCAAACUCAUCACCUCUUUCUUUCUUUCUCUCUCUGUCACGGUCUGAUGUCCACGUGGUGUAAAUAACACCUACCAAUAGCUCAAUCACGCCUCUCUCUGUCUUCUACCUGAUCUCAGAGUCUCAGUCUUCACCAUCGUCAUCAUCACAGAGCAAUAACUUUUAAAGCACGUACUGGGUAUGUGAGGAUCUGGCGCCCUCUCGUCUCUCGUCCGUUCCCUUUGCUGCGUCUGGUUAAUCCCUGUGGGAGCACACACACAGUCAAUGAGGCAGGUGGAUGUUUUUUGUUCAGUGGUCGGUUUGUGUGUGGGAGGGGGGACAGUGGUAGAUUUUAGAGAUGGGGGGGCUGAGGGGCUAGGAGGGAUGUGUCCCCUCAAUAAUUCCUGCUCACACUACUCUUAUUAUGUGUUAGCUUGGGUGGUGUGAGUGGUGUGUCUGUGUGUGUCCCCCCCAGAGCUGAGAUGAACCCUACAUCCCUGGUCUGUCCACCCACACGUUAAACCUAGUUGCCAUAUUGUUUGGGUGGAACCAGAUUUAAACCAGGCAGCAGGGCACCUGUGCUAGUCCUGAUAUGUCUCUCUCUCUCUCUUUCUCUCUCUGCUAACAACCUGCACUAAAGCGUCUUUCACAAUCUUAUCUGGUGCAAUGUUUUUACCUUCAUUAUUAGAAUCUGCCUGAUCUAUUUAUGGAUUUUUUUUAAUGGAAAAAAAAAUAUUUUGGAAAUAUUCAACCAUGAAUUACUAUAAAUCUUAUUAGAACUGUUGAUGAUCUCAUUUUCUGUGUCGAUGGAGUUUCCUGCUUUCUUCUCUUGGAUUUCUCGGCAUGGUUCCUGCUUCAGAACAAGCCCAGGCCCUGUACAUGACCCUUUUAUGAUGUGUUUGGGGGUAGUGUUUGUUAUUUCUUCUCCUAACAUACAUUGAGGAUGGCAGCGUUUGUUUGUUUUGAACUCUUCACCUGCAGAUCAGUGGUCCUGUUGUAAAUUAAGCCUGACGACCCCCCCCCCCUCCGAUGGCUGUUUGUAUAUUCUGAAUGUAUAAGGUGUGUUGGUGUGUUUUUUUUUUUUUUUUUAACUGCGCCAGUAAGAUGGUAUUGUCUGUAAUACUACGUUUAACUCAGUUUGUUUACGACAGACCAAAACGUGCAGCACACAGGAAAAAAAAUUAUAUUGGUUAAACAGAGAUGUAAUGUUUAUAAGAAUCUGCUCUAGAUCCAAGCUGUUCCUUUUGUAUGGUAUUUUUAUUAUACUGGCUACGUAUUUACAAGGCACAAGAAAUUCAGGAUGGUAGACCUACUAGAGACUAAACAGAAUAUAUAAAAGUAUAUAUAUAAUAUAAACUCUAUAUCUAUUACUCAGAGUUAAGUGAGAUAGUGUUUUGCUAAGUUAUGACACAUACAUGAUAUAUUUGUGAGUUCUGUAACGAUUGAAGUGAGCUAGGAGUUGUAUUAAACUUCUAAAAGUGCGUCUGCUAAUCCAGGGUCUCCCUCUCCACUGUGUUUGAGUGCGGGGGACUUGUUCUGCUAAUUCAGGGUCUCCAUGGUCAUCAGGCCCUGGAGGCUCUGAGAUCUGCCAUGGGUUUUCCUUCCUCUCGGCCCAGGUGGGACUCAUGCACGGCCCAGUCCUGAGAGUCCUACACCCGCCCUCCACGUGCCGAGGUUCCUGAUCCGGCCCCGGCCCAGAACUGUGACGCAUUUGGGCAUUAAAAGUGACACUCCUCCUCUCUUCCUGUACGGACAUAGUCUUUCAUGGAUAGGAUUUUUUCCAAGUGCCCUCAUCUUAUAAAGAUACAAAGACAUGCAUACAAAGACACCCAUUUUCUCAUCUCGCUUAACAUCUUCCCAUGGAGUACAAGAGGUGCAGUUCCCAACGUCACCACCAGGUGUCAGGAUAAUGCUGGCAGACCCUCACUUGUGACCACACUGAAGUGUGGUUCUAAUGACUUAGUUUGCACUGUAGCCUAGUGAUUCCAUGCUCUUGUUUGAAUGAUGCAGUGUCUUUCCCUCUCACCCCUCGACUCUCGUCAGAGAGUGCUGGGAUAUCGUUCAUUCUGAGUGGGCAGGAUUUCUGCGUCGCACACGCGGUGGGUGUCUGAAGGCGUACCUCUUAGUUCAGGCCAAAGUUAAGCUGUGCACAACUUUAGAUUUGAGGUUUUUUUCAUUCUGUCUGGAAUUAGCAGGGCAGAGUAGCCAUUUUGUGGCAUGUUUUAUUCCCUUUUAUUAUUUUUUUUUUUCAUCUUAUACUGUCAUUUCCUGUAAUUUUGUUGUUGGUAUUUGUUUUGUUGAACUUUGGACUGACUGGGAUGACUGAACUAUAUGUAAAGGAGUAUGUGUCCAAGCUAUCUGUGUAUAGUCUGUACAAAAUAAAAAUAAAGCCAGGAAGAAGCCACUAUGAGCUUCUGAAAGUCCCCCCUGUAGUUAAUUACCAGCUCCUCGUCCCCAGGAAUUGUGGGUGGUUGACAUCUGUGUCCUUGGCUUGGAGAUUAGCGUGGACGUGACUAGCGUUCUCUCAGGAUAGGAAUGCCGGUAUGAUCUCCGGAAGUAGACUAGCGGUUUGAGCUCAGCUGGGCUACCUCACUCACAAACGGAGGCAACGUCUACAAGCCUGAGUCUGUCAGUGCCUUGAACAACAUGGGCUGUUCCAGUCAGUCAUCCCAUCUCAUUCCCUCUCAUUCUGCACACAGGUUCAGACCUAGACCUACCCCCUCCUUACAGAUUUUAGGGGACUCAGACAUGUUGAAUAAAACGACAGCGUUCUUGUCCAGUUAAGGGACGGCCGGGAAUGCUGACAGCAUGAUGUCAACACAGGGCCACAGUGCUGGUGGAGAAAUUGGACCGUAUAAUUUUUACUAAAAUCAUUGCUGUAGGCUUGGUACCUCUGUACUGAUGGCAACACCAAACGACUUUUAGAGGAGAGCAGGCGACUGAUUUCGAGGUGUGUUUUAAUCUUCUGUGUUUGAAGCAGAAGUCUGACGUCUUUUUUUGCUCUUGUCUGCGGCCUCCUCCUGAUGUCUCACUGUAACUUCAGUGUCUAAUAAACUCAGUCUCUCUCA